CAAAAUUUGAUUUUAUACCUAUAUAUUUAGGUACCUAACUAAUACCUAACCAUCAAUUCUCUAAGUAGGUACCUACCCAUUGUAUUGUAUUUGUACCUAACCUACGGGGUACCUACCACUACCACCUACCACCUACUAUGUAACCUACCUAGGUACUUAUUUAUUAGUACCUAUUUCUAAAUUUAAUGAGCAUGUCUACCUCCAGUGUUGACAUAAAAUAAAAAUAAAAAAUUUAAUGGCAUUAGACUUACACACUAAUUUAUUCUCAUGGGAAUAUCCCAUAUGUAUGUCCGGUAAAGUGAUAAAACGUUUAUCUGUGUCAGAGUUCAAAAUGGGUCAUCGCCACUGUAGUCAGAUUUAGUUGAACUGUUUCAGACGAGGUUGCCUAAAUUCCUUAGUACAAUAUAAAGAAAUGUUUACCACAACAACAUUGUUAUUAAUAUUUUCAUUCAUAAACUUAAGUGUAUGUGAGAAUAUAUCACUGGAAGAAGUUUAUAAAAAAGGAAUAAAAUCGUAUUCGCGAAAAGACUGGUCAGACUGUGUUAUCCAAUUUGAAGAAACCAUAACAUUAUACAAAUUGUGCAAAAAUAUUAUUCUUAACUGUAGACAUAAAUGUAAGUCUCAACCACACCAAAAUCUAGUACAGGAUGAUUUUGAAGAUUUGAAAUUUUAUGAGAAUGUUUUUUUCAUCAGUAAUUGCAUAAUGGUAUGCCAAGAAACAGAAUUCAGCAGAGUUUCUCUAAAAAUAGAUAUUUCAGACUAUGUCCUUACAAAAAUGAUUAACUUGGAACCUUAUGAAUAUCUUCAAGUUUGUUACUAUCAAACAAACCAACUGAAGAAAGCUGCUUCCGCAGCUGCUACUUAUCUGAUUUUUCAUCCAGAUGACAGCAUAAUGAGAUCAAACUUGCAACAAUUCAUGAGACUUGCUAAAUUAAGUCCUGACGAAAUUGUUCAUUUAGAAGCUGAACAAUACACAUUAUUGUAUGACCUAGCAAUGAAGUCAUAUUCCAAGAAAGAUUGGUUGGAGACUGUUGAGCACUUGGAAAACUCAGUAAAGAAAUAUUUAUCUUCAGAAGAAAGCUGCCGAGCUGAAUGUCAGAAACUACCUGAACAGGAAUGGUCCUCAGAAUUAAUGAUAACACUCUCCAAUGCCAUAGCGGCUUUGAUUCAUUGUCAACAAAAGUGUCAGAAGAGACUCAAGUCAGUUGGCUACAUAUCUGGUAUAGAUUUUCUAUCAGAGGCCCUGAAUUAUUUGCAAAUAUGUUAUUACAAUUUAGAUAAGAUACAAGAAGCUGCAGAAGCUACUGCCAGUUUCCUUCUCUUGAAACCUGAUGAUGAAGUAAUGCUAGAAAAUAAGGAAAUAUAUAGUAAUUUUACUGAACCAGAGGCAUUUGUUGUGCGUAGUGAAAUUCAAUAUUAUUUGAAGCGCGACAAUUAUGAGAAAGAACUCUUAGAGCUAUAUGUUCACAAAAACCCCAAUCUCCAUAGCCCUAAAACAAAUUAUAUAUAACAACACUGAGCUUAUCACUUGUGGUCUGCAAAAUUUGGCUUUGUUGGCAGAUGCCUGUGUGGAUAAUGACCUCUUGGAAUUAAAAGAAAGACUUAAAAGUUUUUUCCAGCAAUACUUUUCUGUCUCAGCAUAACCUUGUACUUAGUGUGUGCAUUUUCUCACUUAGGAUACUUAAUGAAUAUUUUAAGUAUAUUUUUAUACAUUACUUAACAAAUACUUUUUUCAAAAAUAAAAUAAAUUUUCAUUUA